UAAAUUAAAAAAAUUUUAUGUGAAUUUUCAUUCUUUUUUCGGCCGCACUAUCAAAAAUUUUUGGAAUUACUCAUAUUUUAAAAAUAUUUAUUCUGGUAUACAGUAUGUAUGAACAUCAAGGACAUUAUAAUAUAAAAAAAAAUUCAAUAAGUUAUUGAACUAAAAAAAAAUAAAACUAUUUCAUGGAACGAAUCCAUUUAUAAAUUAAACAUAAUCUAGAGAAUUUCGUAAAACUUUUCGAAAAUAUCAUAUUUCCAAUUUACGAAUUAUGCAAUCAUCGAAUAUAUGCUCAUGAUGACCAGUUUAACAAUAAAUUUUGCAGUACUUAAAGGAUUAAGAUGGUUACCUUAUUCAAAUUUAGAUCUUAAAUGUUCAUUAUUACUAGGAUUAUUAUUAUUUAAUUAUAUUGUAGCAGCAUUUGAACCAGAUUUUGUUUUCCCAUUGGAAAAUGUGACUGUGGCACAAGGACGAGACGCUACUUUCACAUGUGUUGUUAACAAUUUAGGAGGUCAUAGGGUGAGUGGGGGAUCAGCACAGCAAAGGAUAAACUUGGAACAAUACGAGGUAGCAUGGAUUAAAGCUGAUGCAAAAGCUAUACUUGCAAUACAUGAGCAUGUUAUAUCAAGUGCUGAUCGUUUAACAGUUACCCAUAAUGAUUAUAAUACUUGGACGUUAUUAAUUAGAAAUGUUCGAAUGGAAGAUGCUGGCCAAUAUAUGUGUCAAGUUAAUACUGAUCCUAUGAAGAUGCAAACGGCUUAUUUACAAGUAGUUAUACCACCAGACAUAAUAAAUGAAGAAACAUCCGGGGACAUGAUGGUUCCAGAAGGUGGUUCAGCGAAAAUGAUUUGCAAAGCAAGAGGGUUUCCAACACCAAAAAUUACGUGGAGGAGGGAAGACGGCAGAGAAAUAAUAGCUCGUAAUGGUCCACAUGGAAAAACAAAAGCUCUUGCAGUCGAAGGUGAAAUGUUGUGGCUAUCAAAAGUUACAAGAUCGGAAAUGGGAGCUUAUUUGUGUAUAGCAUCUAAUGGGGUUCCUCCAUCCGUCAGUAAAAGGAUGAAACUACAAGUUCAUUUUCAUCCACUAGUACAAGUGCCAAAUCAAUUAGUCGGUGCUCCAGUAGGGACAGAUGUUACUUUAAUUUGUAAUGUAGAAGCAUCACCAAAAGCAAUUAAUUACUGGCAAAGGGAGAAUGGUGAAAUGAUAAUACCAGGCGAAAGAUAUAUUAUAGAUGAAAAAGAUAUAUCAAUGUAUGCCGCUGAAAUGACAUUACAAAUAAAAAGAUUACAAAAAACUGAUUUUGGUGGGUACAAAUGCAUUUCUAAAAAUAGUAUAGGCGAUACUGAGGGUACUAUUAGAUUAUAUGAAAUGGAAGUUCCAGGAAGAAAAAAAUCAAAUGGAGAUGAAGAUGAUCAUAGUUUUGAAAAUGUUGAUGAAAUUGACAACGGAAAUCUACUCGAUGAAAGUUAUACAAGAGAUAAAAAUCGUGUACAUAAAGGAUCACAUCGUGGUGACACUGAUUUUCGUCAUAGUUCCAGUAAUUCUGGAUCAACAUCAUUAUAUUCGAAUUCGUUAAUAUUUCAAGCAACAAGAAAAUUCAAAUGGAUACUUAAUGAAAUUGAAUUAAGGGCAUAUUUAUUAUUACAAAUGAUGUCAUUAUGUUCAUUAAUAUCAUCAAUACCAACUAUAUUAUUAGGAGUGUAUAAAUUUUCAGAUAUAUCCAAAUUGUUGUCAUCGUUCAGAUUUUUAUGGUUUGCCAUACCUCUUAUAUCAUUAUUAUUAUUAUCAUUAUUAAUAGUUGCAUCAUCAUUAUUAUUUUUAUCAUUAUCAAAUAUAACAGUAAAUCAAAAUAGAUUUAUGUUAUUUGAAAUAGAUAAA